GCACCCUCUCCCCCCUCCCCCGCUCAUCCUCCCCCUUGCACACCACGCGCGCGCACCCGCUCUGCAUCCAUCCCGCCUGUCGCCUCCCCUCCCCUGGCGCUCCAUCUCCCUGUCCUUUCCCUCUUCUUUUUUUUUUCAGAGCCCCUGGAUGUACAUCUGGUCCCCCCGCCCUCGCCCUGCCCUCGCUCAUUUGGUUCCUCCCCAUCUUGUCCGCCAUACCCCCUCGCUUCCCCCUCCCCUCCCUCCCCGGAACAGCAUGCUCACGCUUUCCCCUCCCCCUGUCGCCUGUAUCCCUCCAACCAACCAUGUAGCUGCUGCAAGCAGAGCCACACACGACCGCUAGCGAACAAUGAGCUCCACCGAGUGGGCCUCCAUGACCUCCGAGCAGAAGGAGCGCGAGUUCACCCGGCUCUGGCGCGUGCGCCGGACCGUGUUCCAGAUGCUCAAUGACCGUGGGUAUUCUGUGACCAACGCCGAUCUGAACAUGACCCUGGACGCCUUCCGCAAGGAGCAUCCCCGCGUCGAUGACUUCGACCGGAGCUCGCUCAACAUGAUUGUCAAGCACCAGGACAAGGCUGACACCAUUGUUGUUUUCUUCGUCGACCGCCUCCGCGCCGAGACCUUCAAGAACUUCCAUGAGAAGGUCAUCAUCAACAACACCAAUCGUGCGAUCAUCGUGCAGCGUGACUCGCCCACUAGCCCGGUUCUGCGCCAGGUGGAGGCCGAGGGGGAUCGCUAUGAGCUUUUUAUGGAGGUGGACCUGGUCAUCAACAUCAUCCAGCACAAGCUCGUGCCGGAGCACAAGCCCCUUAAUGAGGAGGAGAAGCGCCAGCUCCUGUCCCGCUAUGGCCUGAAGCAGGAGCAGCUCCCGCGCAUUGUCCGCAACGAUCCGGUUGCUCGUUACUUCGGCCUUCGUCGUGGCCAGGUCAUCAAGAUCACCCGCGCGUCGGAGACCGCCGGCCGCUACGUCACCUAUCGCAUUUGCUUCUAGGCAGGAGCUUGCGUGAAUGGAUGAACUGCCUUUUUUUUUCCCCCCUUCACUUCGCCAUCCCCUUUUCCUCCGCGCCUCCUCUUCGGGAGAGAAGAAAAUAAGAAGCACCGCCCGCGCACCGCGUGCCGCGCGCGCGCGGCUUGUGCCCGAUAUGUGUAUCAUAAUACCAACCCCGCCCUUGUGUGAGAUCACCC